GUCGCUUUACAAUUAAAAGGGGUAGCGGAGCUAAGGGAGUGGAAAAUCGGCGGGGUUUCUUUCUGAUAUCUCUCAUCAGAGGCAGUAGUUGGAGAAAGGUGAAGAGUACUCCCGAGUCGAAGCUGAGAAAGAGAAGAUGCCUUGCCUCAACCUCUCAACCAACGUGAACCUGGAUGGAGUUGACACCUCCGCCAUCCUCUCUGAAGCCACCUCGUCGGUUGCCAAGCUCAUCGGCAAACCUGAGGCCUAUGUGAUGAUUGUGUUGAAGGGUUCGGUGCCCAUGUCAUUUGGUGGUACUGAGCAGCCAGCUGCCUAUGGUGAGUUGGUGUCCAUUGGUGGCCUUAACCCAGACGUGAACAAGAAACUGAGUGCUGCAAUUGCUGCAAUUCUUGAAACCAAGCUACAAGUGCCUAAGUCACGGUUCUUCCUCAAAUUCUAUGACACUAAGGGUUCCAACUUUGGAUGGAAUGGAUCCACCUUCUGAGUCUGUCAUGUGCCAAAUUUCUCAAAACAUCAAUGUUGAUUGUUCAGAAUGCUUUAUUUCCCUAGUGAAUUGGUGUUGAAAACAAUUUGGUAACGGUUGGCAUGUUAUUAUGUUGUUUAUCUAUGUGUUUUCUUAGGAACAUGAUAUGCAAAACAUUAAUGUGCACUAAUCUGGCACUAGCCUAUAUGAAGUUGUGGCACAUGAGCGAAAGCCACUUUAUUUUGUUUACUGA